AUGGUUUGCCUUCUAUCAUUCAUCUUGAGCUGCGCGGCUGGCGCAGUAGCCAUCAACGCUUCUCCAUCUUUCCAUGGCCGUGACACAGGAGUCUUAGCACAGCGGGCAUUUUGCACUCCCACAAGCGCCGGUUCCGCCUCGAAGGACGACGCUCCUUCAAUCAUCGAUGCGAUAAAGAAGUGCGGAAAUGGCGGUACCAUUGUCAUUCCAAAAGGAACCACGUACAUGAUCGGCUCGGUUCUUGAUUUCACCGGCUGCAACAACUGCGACUUCCAGCUCGAAGGCACUCUCAAAGUCCUCGAGAACUUCAGCUACUGGAACGGAAAGCAGACCAUCAUCAACGUCAAAAAGAUCACGGGCGCCAAGAUCCGAAGUCUCACAGGCUCAGGUGUCAUCGAUGGCAAUGGCCAGGGCUCGUGGGACAAAUUUGCAGCCGACAAGACUUACGACCGACCUACGCUUCUCUACAUCACCGGCUCAUCCAACGUCCAGGUCUCCGGAAUCACCGUCAAGAACCCGCCAUCCUUCGGUCUCUCCACCGCCGGCGACUCGACGAACGUCGCUUUCCGAGACAUCUCUCUUUCCGCAGUGUCUUCGUCGUCCAACCUUCCCAAGAACACGGACGGCUUCGAUAUCGGCCCGGCCUCCCACGUCACUGUCCAGAACGUAACGGUAGUCAACAAUGACGAUUGCGUCGCACUUAAGGCUGGAGCAGACUACGUUGAGAUACGCGACAUCACUUGUUCCGGCAGCCAUGGACUCAGCAUCGGAAGCCUGGGCAAGACGGCCGGCAGCACGGACUUUGUCAAGAACGUGUUUGUGGGCAACGCCAUCAUGAAGACGUCUACGAAGGCUGCGGGAAUCAAGGUCUACCCGGGCGGAAGCACUCAUGGGAUCGCGACCGUGAGCAAUGUCACCUGGGAUGGAGUAGUUGUCGACAACAGCGACUACGCGUUCCAGGUCCAGACGUGCUACGGCGAGACGGCAGAGUUCUGCGCCUCAAACCCUCCGACAUCUCAGAUCACCGACAUCUUCGUGAAGAACUUCUCUGGCACCACUUCGACUAAGUACAAGGGGGUCACGGCAAACGUGAACUGCCCUGUCAAGGGUUCUUGCGAGAUUGCGUUCACUAACUGGAAGGUCAAGGCUGGAAGUGGAACGGCUACUGUUGCUUGCGCAAACUCUGGUAGCGUUACUGGUGUGACCUGCUCAUCUGGAGCUUCUGGUUGA